UACAUUUUCGUUGCAGGCGGAGAGUCGGGAUCAGCGGACACUGCUCGCGAUCCACGCGGUUUUGCUGUGAAAUUCUACACUGAGGAGGGAAACUGGGACUUGGUCGGCAACAAUACACCAAUUUUCUUUAUUCGUGAUCCACUCCAAUUCCCGGAAUUUAUCCAUGUCUUGAAGAGAAAUCCACAGACUCAUCUCAGAGAUAUGGACAUGUUGUGGGACUUUUGGAGUCUUCGACCUGAAUCCACACAUCAGGUGAUGUUCUUGAUGUCAGAUCGAGGAACUCCCGAUGGCUUCCGCUUUAUGCACGGCUAUGGCUCCAAUACCUUCAAACUCGUCAAUGCGGAAGGAAAUCCGGUUUAUUGUAAAUUCCACUUCAGGGCGAAAGAGAUUAGGAAUCUCUCUGCUGCCGACGCUGCUCGUCUUGCUGGUGAAGAUCCUGAUUAUGCUAUUCGCGAUCUGUACAACGCAAUCGAAAAAGGAGAUUUUCCUCAGUGGAACCUCCACAUUCAGGUGAUGACAUUCGAGCAAGCACAGAAUUGGCCAAUGAAUCCAUUCGACGUCACUAAAGUUUGGCCACAUGGCGAAUUCCCACUGAUUCCGGUCGGCACAAUGACACUUAACAGGAAUCCUAGAAAUUAUUUCGCUGAGGUAGAGCAGGCAGCCUUCUGUCCAGCCAUUUGUUCCGAGUAA